AUAUGUAAAUAAUUAUAUAAUGUUUGAAUGAUCAGCGUCAGUCUAAUUUAGCCCAAAACCUCAGCGCAGCAAUACUUUGGUGUCGGGAACACAUGGACCGUCCUUUGAAAGGACUCUCUUUCGCUCAAAGAUGUCUGAUAAGUACGAUCAACAAAAAGAUGAGGAUUGGGGUUCCGGUGGAAACACCGGGAGUGGCAAUGAUAAGGACUACGAUGGCCCAGCCGGCAUGGAUGUCGAUGGAAUCAUCGAGUCGACCUGGACAGAGGUUGCAACUAGUUUCGAUGAUAUGAACCUGAAUGAGUCCUUACUGCGAGGUAUUUAUGCCUAUGGCUUUGAAAAACCUUCAGCUAUUCAGCAGAGGGCUAUUAUGCCAUGCAUCAAAGGGCAUGAUGCAAUUGCUCAAGCUCAGUCUGGUACGGGCAAGACUGCUACUUUCUCUGUGGCUAUUUUACAACGGAUAGAUACUAAAUCUGCCGAAACUCAAGCCCUUAUUCUUGCUCCAACUAGAGAAUUAGCUCAGCAGAUCCAGAAGGUUGUUCUAGCUUUAGGGGAUUACAUGAAUGUCUCAUGCCAUGCUUGCAUUGGAGGCACAAAUCUCCGUGAAGAUAUGCGACGUAUUGAGAUGGGUGUCCAGAUUAUUGUUGGUACUCCUGGCCGUGUAUACGACAUGAUUAACCGUAGAGUCCUGAACCCCAAAAACAUCAAGAUGUUUGUACUAGAUGAAGCUGAUGAGAUGCUUUCUCGAGGUUUCAAGGAUCAAAUCUAUGAUGUUUUUAGAUUCUUACCUAAUGAUGUUCAAGUAGUGCUGUUGUCAGCUACCAUGCCUGCUGAUGUUAUGGAUGUUACCACCAAGUUCAUGCGAGAUCCCAUUACCAUCUUGGUAAAGAAGGAAGAACUUACUCUGGAAGGUAUUAAGCAGUUCUAUGUUAAUGUUGAGAAGGAAGAUUGGAAGUUGGAAACACUUUGUGAUCUGUAUGAAACUCUUACAAUUACUCAAGCAGUAAUUUUCUGUAAUACAAGGAGGAAAGUAGAUUGGUUGACCGACAAAAUGCAUCAACGAGACUUCACUGUUUCUGCAAUGCAUGGUGAUAUGGACCAAAAGGAACGUGAUGUUAUCAUGCGAGAAUUCCGAUCAGGAUCCUCUCCGUGUACUUCAUCCCACCAACUAUCCUUUUCUUCCCAUAUGAUACCAGAUGUCUCUCCUAGCAGCUCCUUUUAUAUAAAUAACGAAAAUUACCUUUACAGGAUUGGACGUGGUGGACGUUUCGGUCGAAAAGGUGUAGCUAUCAAUUUUGUUACUGCUGAAGACACUAGAAUUCUUCAGGAUAUUGAAGAGCACUACCGUACCUCUAUUGAAGAAAUGCCCAUGAAUGUGGCUGACUUAAUUUAAUCUAGGUGAGAUUUUAGCAAACAGUGUUUUCAGAUUGUUUGCUCCUCCGCAAUUCCGUUAGAAGACGACUUUGCCUGUUGUGUGCGCUGCCUGCAGAAAUUGAGUGCUGGCAUCGUGAUCAGAGCUUGGAUUGCUGAUCUUACAUUGAACAGUAUCUGAGCUCCUCAGCUGUGUCUCCUGGAAUUUCCAAAUCUGUUCUGAAUAUUAAGCUUGUGGUUCCGGGUGGACACUUAACCUGAUUGUUGUUAUAAUACUGUAUCAGGUUUCCAUGAUUUCCAGCAGUAGUUAGACUAGUUCUAAGGCUGUUAGAAGGGGCUUUUUGCCCUUUUAUUUUUAAUUUGUGGUUAAGAUUUUCAUACAGUGUGAAGGUAGUGAAAUUAGAGGGUCUUGGCAGAUCCGCCUUUAGGAAGAGGCGGCAACCUGUCCACCCCUCUGCCAUCCUUCUAGCUUCCUUCUCUGCUUUUUCAAUACCUUAUCUCUUAUGAUUUUGUCAUUCCUGAUGAUAUCAGUCUUGUCUACAGUCCAUUUCUUCCUGAGUAAUUUUUCUGUCUUAAUGAUGAGGCAUAAUUUUUCUUUGAAUGACAGUAGUCAAGAAUUCACUAAAGAAAUAUGUUUUUUCAAUGUAGUCAUUGUGUUUAGAAUAACAUUUAUUUGUCUAAGAAAGAAUAUAUUAGGCCAAUGGCAUGGUUAUUAUAUUCCAAAAAGACGUAGACGGAAACAUUUGUUUAAAUUUAAGUGAUAUUGGUGUAUUUAUUAAUAAAAUCUAAACACUA